AUGACUAAAGUGAAAAGUAACAUUCAAUCCAUCUCUGGCCUAAGCAAUGCCGUCGUCAAUAUAAAUGAACACUGCAAUAUUGUUGUUCAGUCUUCUAAUUCAUCUUUCAAGGCGCCUGUCAAAUGCUUCGUUCUUCCUAUUAUUACAGACAGGCUGCCUCAUGCGGAAAUUCAUGUUCACGACUUGAAUAUUCCGAGCGACAUUCAACUAGCUGACCCGAAGUUCUACCAGCCUUCUGACAUUGAUCUCCUCUUGGGAGCCGACAUCUUCUGGGACGUGCUUGGUUCAGCUAGAAUAAAAUUGGGAAAAGAUAAACCAAUUCUUCAGGAAACCUUAUUAGGGUGGAUAGUUGCUGGCUCUAUGGCGGGUAAACAUUGUGACACGCCACAGCCACAGCGUACAUUGUUUAGUAAAGAUAUUCAUCAGCAACUUAGUAAGUUCUGGGAACUCGAAGAAGUGCCCAAGGACAACAUUCCUUCAUUUAAUGAUCAUCCUUGUGAAAAGAUCUUCAACGAAACAACUUACCGCGACGACGAUGGGCGAUUUUGUGUCCAAAUACCUCUUCAUGAAUCGCCAGACGUCCUCGGUGAAUCAUACCACAUCGCAGAAAAGAGGCUUUUCCAAAUGAAAAAGAAGAUGAGCAAGAAUCCCGACCUACGUGUGGAGUACAGCAAAUUCCUGCGAGAGUAUGAAAGCCUAGGACUGAGGUCGCAGCGCCAUCUCGCGGUUGUUUCCUGCCACAUCAUGCUGUAA